AUGAGAAACAGAGCUAGCAAUACGUUGUCGAAAGGCAAAAUCCGUCAAUCAUGGAGCAAAUACAACCUGUAUAACCUGCAACGAUUCCGCAGUCCACCGACCGCCAAUCGCACAUUCUUCCAGCAAAAAUGGUCCGCUAAGGCUGCAUCCCGUGCCUAUCACGGCGAGCAAGUCCGCGAGGGACAAUGGAAACGCAUGUUCAACCAUCGCAUCCGCAGUGUUAUCCCCAUGAAUGCCGCCGACUUGGCCGCCGAUGACGGUUCCCUAGUCUCGUCCGGUCGAGGCUCAGGUCUCGAUAAGGAUGGGAAGUCCGCUUACCAAACACGUCCUACACCUUACAGCCACAUGACCUUUGCGCCCCUAGAGCGCCGUUUGGAUGUGGCCAUCUUCCGGGCUCUGUUUGCUAGCAGUGCCAGACAAGCGAGACAGUUUGUCAUCCAUGGAGCGGUUACUGUUAACGGUCAAAAGAUGAAACACCCCAGCUACCUCCUUAACCCCGGUGACCUCUUUCAGGUCGACCCAGAUCGAGUCCUGUACGCUACUGGUCAUACGAAGACUUCGUUUGAGCGACGUGAGGGCCGAUUGGCUCGGAGAAAGGCGAAAUCACAGAAGUCACAGGAAGCCGAGGAAGCCGAGGCCGCAGAGGCGGAGUCAAAGGAGACCGCAAAGGAAGAUAUCAAGGAGACUCCAAAGGAAGAUACUAAGGAGACCCUUAAGGCGCUACUGGCACAAGCCAAGUCUGUCAUGUCUGCCGGCAAGGAUACACUCGCGCCCCAGCGCAAGCAGGAGCUCCGUGGCUUCCAACAAGCUGUCCGCCGCGUAUUGUCCCGCUCUGAGUCCAGCACCAUCCUCGCAGACAGCCUGGAGGCCCAAUUCUCCCAGUUGACCCUGCUUCUCAAGGCCAAGCGGAGCGAGAAGCCAGUUAAGAAGGAUGUGAAGCCCCGUCCAGAAGACGCCUUCGCAUCCGACAACGGAGAUACAGAAGUGGUUUCCGCCAAGCGAGAUACAGAAGCCGCAGUCAGCGACAAGCUUUCCGAGGCCUUCGCACAGGCAACACUGGGUAAUGAUGUCGAUGCCUCGGAGCUCAGCGACGAAGAGUUCGACACGCUCCAGCGCGCUCUUACUCAAAUGCGCGACAACCCUCUCGACAACUCCAAGACCUACUCCACCCCCUGGCAGCCACGCCAAUACAUGUCUGCGUUUGCCUUCAUCCCGCGUUACCUCGAGGUCAACCAGAACAUUUGUGCAGCCGUGUACCUGCGCCACCCCGUGGCCCGCCCCGGUUCCGCCGAGGUGCCCACUCCCUUUGGCGAGUCCAUUGCCACUCCGGCUUAUGGCUGGUACCUGAGGAGACGGUGGUAG